CAUUUCGCAGAAAAACAGGUUCCCCAAAUCCAAGAUACUGUGCUAACCUAGUAGAUACUGGCAAAGAUACAUUCUUCCACACAGAGCAUAUAUUUAAUAAAUAAACUAAGUUUAAUGUAUUUAGUGUUCAAAAUGUAAUAAUAUUAUAAAAAAAAUAAUAUUUAAUAUUAUAUUAGAGAGUGACACUCCUGAAAUAUUGCAGAAAUGUAUCACAGAAAGUUGAAAUCAGGUUAUGAUUUCUUGGAGGUAUCUUUAAAUAUGCUCAAUUAAGUGCAUUACUUUGAUUUGGUAUUCUUGUGUACCUUAUGUUCUCAACAAUAGCAAAAUGACUUAGUCAAUAGUUAAUAAGGGAAAACCGUAUAAGCGUAAAUCUAUAGAUUUACAAAAAGUAGUUAUACUUAGAGGUAUCUACAUCUUUUAAUAAUGAAAAUAUGAGUAGUAAUGAUAAAAAAGAAGACAUAGGCCUUAAAAAAAAAUAUGUCUUCUUUAAUGACCCAGAUAUUAUUGUUAAGCGUGCAGAGAAUUUGGUUAAUACACAUCUUGGAUUAAAAAAGCUUCAAAUAGAUGAUAGUAAGAAAGAUUUGAAAGAAACAUCUAAUAACACAUCGCAACUUGAUUUUAAAAAUGUAGAAAAUUUGUUGUCUUUUCAUCCUGUUCAACCAUAUCCAUUUACAUUUAUCAGUGCAGUUAAAAGAAAACUUUCUCUUGGCGACCAUCCAAAUACGCAGAAGAAAUUAUACGACUUUGGCAAUAAAACAGAAGGUGAAGUGUAUUCAAAAGAAUUAAAACUUAGCAGUAAUCAUAAUUUAUAUCAAGCGAUGCAAAAUAUGGCUUUUAGAGAGCCAAUAAAAGUACCGGAUUUAAAAAUGUCCGCUAAAACCUUAGAUUAUUCUUCUAAAGACAAUCCUACUUCGAAAGAUGUUGCUGGAAUAAAAUUGGCUGUAUCAUCCAAUGAUUUUGUGCCUGAAAGAUCAGAAAAAACAUCGAGGGAAAGAGUACAAAGAAAGCUAGACUUUUCAUUGUCUGAGGGGCCAUCUGUAGUAGCUUGCGAAAAUGUUGAACCUUUAAAAGCACCUAAUGUUUCAAUAGCUUCUAAUUUCUCUAAAAAAAAAGAGCAUGGUGUUAGAGAAAAUUCUAGGGAGAAGGAAAAUAGAUCAAAAAGAAUAAGAAAAGAUGAUUCUUCGUAUACAGAAAGCGAUGAAGUAUUGUAUUCUUCUUCAGAUUUUAGUAAAAGAUCUAAAAGCCCAAGACAUGUUUCUAGAAAAGAUAUUACAGACAAUACAAGUGGCUCUGUAUCAGUAGGGAGAGUUAAAAGUGAUCAUUUGCCUUUAUGCGUACCAAGAGAAUGUGAUUUUGUAUUGACUAAACCAAAGACUAAAAAUUUUGCAACUUCUACCACUAGAAAGGAUAGUGAUAAAAAGCAUAGAUGCUCCAAUGUACAAUCUACAAAAUUAAGAGAUACUUCUUUAGAAUGUAAAAAUAAGGCAAGUAAUAAUGAAUCUCAUUCGGAUCGCACUAUAAAACCAUCUGAAAAAAAUGUAAUAAAAGAUACACUUAAAAAUAUGGUAUUUGAUAGCAUAGAAUACAAAUGCAAAGAAGAUUUGCAGUCACUGAAACAAACUGAUGAGCACAAAUAUAAAUUGGAAAAUAAGCAAGUGAAACAACAAAAUAAAGUAUCAAAUCAAUCUGUUAACAAACAAGCAGGUAUAGGAAUUAAAGAGUAUAACAAGAGAAUAUAUAACAAAACUAAGACGUCUAUAAAUAGAAUUGAAGGAAAACAUUAUGUUACGUAUUCAGAUACCUCUGGUGAUGUUGAGAUUAUAUCUGACUCUAACAGCAGUAUAAAAAAACGCAACAAUACCUGUUCUACAGUUUUUACUGAACUAUCAAAGUAUAAAGAUACUGAUAAAUUUAAAACAAUUCAAAGUUUACAUUUGAAAAAAUCAGGAAAAGAUUAUGAACAUUCAAACUAUAAUGAAGAUUCUUCUUCUGUACAAUGUACAGACACGAGCAGCAAUAAAAAUGAGGCUUUCUCUCAAGAUGUUAAUGUAUCUAAUAAACUUCAAAGUAGUAAUAAUGAUUUAAGUAAUUUAAAUGAAAGCUUAUUACGAGAAGCCUUGCUAGACCCACGAUGGAUAACUUUUAGAGAUAGUAAUUAUACACAAGAAGAAUUCCGCGAUUUAGUUACACCUGAUAUGAAUCUUAUAUUUCGAUCGAAAAGAAAAAAACAAAUGGCACAGGGUAAUGAUGCCAAUGUUGAUGGUGCAAAAACUUCGAAGAAAAAACCAGAAACAAUUCAGCAUGGAAUAGAACUUUUACAUCCGACCGCUUUGCAUAUGCAGUUUCAAGCAGAAUUGCAUUUAUUAGAUUCGAUGAAUGAAUCAUUGAGACAAGUUAUGGAUGUGGAGAAAAGUUUUUACAAUGUAAAAAAUGAACAAGAAAAAGAAUUAAUACAGAAACAAAGUCAAGCUGCCGAUGAUUUUAUAUUACAUUUAGAUGAUAUGGGAAAAAACACUACAAUAGAUAAGAAAAAUGCUGAUAGAGUAUCACAAAUUAAUGACAAUACAAGCAUAGAAAAAGUUGUUACUGAUAAACGAAUGAUAAAUAAAAUUGAUGAAGCUUCUUCCAUCGAUGAACAAGUAUUCAUGCAGAAAGAGGAAACAGAAGAACAAAAUAAUAAUUUAAGAAAAUGGAAUAAAUCAAUCAUUGAAGUAGCAGAAGUUCAAACUCAAACAGUGAAUGAUAUUGGAACUCAAACUGACAUAUGUCCAGGCCGACGUAGUUUAACUAAUAGUUUUUUGGAAAUUCAUGAAAAUACGCAUGGACAUGAAUUAUCUUUAGAAGAUUAUGAAAUUCCAUUACUUUCUUUAGGCUCUAGAGAUCAAUUUGAAGAUUUGGAUCAAUUAGAAGAUCUUUCAUUGACUAGUAAAGUAAGAACAAUGUCAGAAAUCAGUUUACAUGAAACUACAUCUUCUAUAAAAACAGAAACUGGUACAGAAAUUAGUAUUUCUACGAGAGAUGUAACUUGUUCUUUUAACAAAAAUCUCGAUUUAGAGAUUGCUCAAUUGAUAAGAGAUGAAAAACAAAGAUAUGACAAAAUAGAAAUGUUAUUUAAAUCGCGUGAAAAAACAUUACAUGAUAGAACCAAAAAGUUAGUGAAAUUGGAAGAGCAAAAAAGAGCACUGAGGGAUACUGGUCAAGAUAGUCGUAUUAGUUCAGUUAAGAAAAAGCAAAGAGCUUUAUUAUUAAAAUUACAACAGGAGAAAGAUGAAAUGAAUAAAUUGAAAGAACUUCAUAAAAUUGCAAGUCAAGAACGUAAAGUAAUGUUACAGAAACAAAGAAAUAUGCUUAAUCCUCAAAUGUCUACGAAAAAUAUUUUAACAAAAUUAAAAAGAAGUGCUGAUAGUCACUCUCCACGUAGAUCAUGUGGACCAAUGAAAGGUUAUGAUAUUCGUAGUAACAGUUCAAUGAGUUCUUUAGUAGAUUCUGAUAAAUCUCUACAUGAUAAAUCUCUACACGAUAAAUCACAUAUAGAUUCGAAGAUACCACUAACAGAAAAUGAUUUGCAAUUUCAGAAAAUAAAUUUAUCGAGUACUGAAAAAAUAGCAAAUUUAGUAGACGAAUCUAAUAUUUCAUUAUUAAAAUAUGAUAAAUUAAACGACACUAUAGAAGAUUUAAAAUCACAAAACAAAUAUGCUGUUAAUUCUCCGAAGAGUAGUAAUAAAUUAAAAUACGAAUUGAGAUCCCGUAAAUUUGAAGAUAAAAUGCCUAAAGCAGAUAUUAUUAAAUUAAGAUCUCAUCAGCUUGAUGUUGAAUCCAAAUUGAUGCAAGGACAUUGCGUGAAUGUAGCUGGACAUGUACAUGAGAAACAAAAGACUAUUAGUUUACAAUCAUUACAAGAUUUAGAUAACUCAAUUACAGAAUAUGUUAAGUCAGAAUCUGAUACUUUAGUAGACGAAUUAUCAAAAAAAUCUAAAUCAUCACAAGUUGAUUUUCGAAGUGUAACCCCCUUAAAAGAGAAGGAACCAUUUUCCAGAGAUACUGCAGUAAAUACUGAAACGAUACAAGAACUAAUAACUUCCGUUGAACAGGAUGCUUUGUCAAAGACAUCAAAGUCUUCUCAAGUUUCUGAAGAUACUCUUCAAACUUAUUCAAGAAAUUCAAAGAAAACAGAUAAGUCAAUUUCUAGCGAUAAAGAAAUUACUAAAAAGUUUCAACAAAAUUCUGAGCUUAAGGCAAGCACUAAACGGAAAAAUUCUAAAUGUCAAAGAACAAGAUCAUCAUCGACCAUAUUGACAGAAAAUAUACUAAGAUCAAAAUCGAGUUCUCAAAUAGAAGAAUUUACAAAACACCAUAACAAACGCACAAAAAUAGAAAACGAGUUCAUUCAAUCGGAUAGAAAUGAUGAAGGCUCAAUUUUAGAUAAGCUUGAUCUUAGUACCGAUCGGACUAUUAAUCAGAAUGCUAUUGAAGUUUUAUUCAGGCAAUCGAAUGCUAUGAAGGAUAAAAAUUCUAAAUUAUUUGCCGAUAUAAUAGAUGAAAGCAAAGAAAAUAUUUCAGUAGAAAAUGUUUUUGAAAGAAGUCUUGAAAAUUAUAGCGACAACAAUUAUCCUUCUAAGGACAAAGGAAAGAACGCACAAAACUGUGGUGAUAUAUCUACAAGAUCUCAGCUUGGAACAUUUGCUAUUUCUAAUCAUAAUACUGUAGAUAAUGGAAAAGAAUAUACUAGAUCAAUAGUUAUCAGAUCACAAAAUCAUGAUUUUAAAACUUCAAAAAAGCUUGAACAAAUCUUGAAUGCAAGAGAAGCAGCACUUGUUUCACGUAGGAAUUGUGUAGAAGAGUGGAUGGCAUGGGAUGCACGAUUAAGAGCUGAAGAAGAACGUGUAGCACGGAUGGAACAAGCAGCUUAUAAGCUUGUCACUACAACUUCUGCUUUAUCUCAUCAAGAUUCCACACUCUCAUCCGAUACGAGUGACGUGGAAGGAAGAAUAGAAUUACUUACAGAAAAAUUAGCAGAGCGUAGAAUAGAAAUGUCACGUUUAAAAAAGGAAGCUAGAAAACAAACAAAACAAAAGCUAAAAGCAUUAGAAGCAAAUUUGUUAAACCAAAUUAAGAAAUAUGAUACAACUAUUCAUGAGAUGCGAAAAAAAUUGGAAUCUAGAAAGGAAACUGUGAAGGAUAAUGACAGAUUGGCUAUAGAGUCUAAAUCAUUGGCAGAAUUUAAAGUACCUGAUAUUCCACUUAAGAGAAUACAAGAAAUCUAUAAAAAAAGUGACUUAUUACGUUCAAGAUCAGAAUCUGAUUUAUUAUCAACAAAAAUUCAGCAAAAAGGCAUUAUUAAAAACAUCCAAUCUUUAGUAUAUGAGAGUAAAAGCGAAGAAACAAAUUUUUCAAAACCAUCACAAAUAAUUAAAAGGAAUAAUUUGGUGGAAUCGUCGAACACUAAAAAACAAGAUAUUCAUUAUAAUGUUCAAUCCAUAUUUGCAGAUUUGAAAGAUACAGAAUAUGAAAAACUCAGGUCUAUUUCAAUGUCAUCAACUUCCGACGAUGAUCAAGGCGAGAAAGCUACAAAUUAUAAUACCACAUUCCAUUCAAGUGGAACUCAAACUAAUCACACGCUUGUUUCUGUACCAGAAAUAUUAACAGCUGCAAUAUCAUCUGACAAUAAUUCAAGAGAUAUUAAAGAUGAAGUUAGUGUAAUAAAUACCGAUACAGAUAUUCUUACAACAUCUGAAUUAAAACAAUCCAAGAGUUAUAGGAGUGAUCAACUUGCAAUAAUAGAACCAAAAUCGGAUUUAAUUGAUGUUGAACAAGUGCCUUUAAAAAAUCUUGUGUCACAGUCCAACACAAUAGAAACAUCAAAAACAAAUAAUUCAAAGCUUAUUUCAAAUAAAUCAGAAACAUAUAUACCAAGCUCCAAUAUGGAACUUGCUACUAAUAAUGAUAGUGGAACGCUUACUUAUUCUAAAAAAUUACACUUUUUACAACUAAAUAAUAAAAAUCUAAAUGAAGAUAUUAAUUGCCUUGAAAACGAGCUUAAGGCUCUAUCAGAAAUGAUGUUACGAAUUAGUAGUUUAUCCAAUGAAAAGCAUGAUAAUGAAGAAGAAAAAAGUACCUUAAAAGAUAUAUCAGAAGUCUUUUCGAAAUCUGAGCUAAUCGACAAUAACACAUUAAUUUCUAAUAAAGAAAAAGAUAAAACAAUUCAAUCGGAUAUUACAGAUACGGAAAUUCCUAUUAAAACAGAUAUUAAUAUUGAAAUUUCAAGUCAUUCUACAGACAUUUCAAAAUUAAAACCCGCCAGUGAUCCUGCAGAUUUAACGGAAAAUGUAAGUCACGUUAUAUCUGGAUUAAUUCCGGAAGAAGAAAUAUUUUCCGAAUCAAAUCAAGAAAUAGAUUAUAAAGCGGAAAGUAAGAAGAUAUUAAAUGAAAUCGAAAAAUCUAUUAUAUCCGAGCAUGCAAAAAUAUUUGAAGGCGACACUAAUUCUUCAAUUAUACCAUUGGAAACAAAUACACAAAAUAUACAAAAACUUAAUAAAGAUUUUCCGUAUUAUCUACCUACUACAGAUAUUAAUAAAAAAUCAGAAUCACCAAUAUCCAUAGAAGAAAAUAAAAGUCUUAAUUAUGCGAAGGAUACAUCUGAAAGUAAUACUCCUUUGGACAAAGAAAUGAUUGAUGAUAAAAGUGUAGAUGUUCAACUUGUAGCACAGGAAUCAUACGGAGAAAAUCUUUCUGAAAAUAUAGAAUCAAUUUCAACGAAUAUAUCAGAACAAGGCCCAAUGACUGAAGACGACAGUUUGAAAAAAGGCAAUGAUGUAAUAGCAAAUGAAAGCAUAUUACAUUUAGAAAAUAUUUCACAAUUUAAAGAUAAUAAAGAUAGUUUACAAAUUGAAAAUAUUUCUUCCGCUGAAAAUAAUGAAAUACAUUUAUCUUCAAGAGACUUUACUAAUAAAGAAGAAAUAAAUACAGGUCAAUAUAAUAUUUCUAAUAGUAAAGACGAAGAGAAUAUAAUUUCACAAAAUGCAAAUACAUUGUCUGUGAAUUUAAUUAAACGUGAUUUCAAUGUUGAAGAAAAUCAAUCUGAAGUCAUUUCCACCGAGAAAAUGUCUGUAGAUAAAGAUGACUGGACUAUAUCUGAUUCAUUUAAUAUUGCUCACGAUGAAGAAGAAAAUGAAGGGGAACAAACAGAGAAUCGUGAAAUAGAAUCGCACAUUCAUAUUAGUUCUGAUUAUAAAAAUAUAUCGGAAGAAGAAAAUGAUGUCGUUCAAGAUUUUACAGAAAACUUAUCUGUUAGUAUAGAAGAUGAGUCUAUGCUUUUACCAAGGGCAGAAUCUACAAAUAUUGAUGCUCUUAAUUUAAAGAUUAAUGAAACUGACAUUGAAAAAACUGCUGAUGAGCUUGAUGAUAUAUUAGAUAUAAUUGCCAGAGAAAAUGAUAAAGUGUAUGAUAAAGAAGGAAAGCAAUAUGUAGGAACAGACAAAACCAAUGAAACCAUAAACGAUAUAAAAUCUAUUAAAUCAUCCAUUACUUUAGGAAAAGAAAAUGACAACAAUAAAUUGGAUGAAAUUAGCAUUCAAACGAAGAUUAUCUUAGAAACAGAUAAUAUGGAUCUUACGAUAGAAAGUCCAUUCCCAUCUAUUACAUGCGAUUCUACACUUGAUGAUAAGUUGCAGAUUCACAAAUUGUCAACAAGUGACAAUAAUACAAUUAAUAUUACUCCAUUAUAUUUAGAAUACAAUAAAAAUCGUAUUAAUGCAAGUAGUGACGCGAUAGAUAUUCCAUCCAAUAAAUUAGAUGAUGUAUCUGUGGUAAAUAUUGAAUUAAAUUUAGAAAUAGAAAGUAAAGAUACUGUCCAACAAGAAAUAGUUCAGUCACGAGAAAUAAUAAUCACAAAAUCUGAUUCAGAAAGUACUGAAGAUUUAUUACCGCAAUUAGAAAUUAGUACUAAGAUUGAAUUAUCCGAUGAAGAACUAAGUGGUAAAAAUAAUAUUCACAAUGAAAAUAAGGAAUCUCACGUAACUUAUCUUACUGCUAUCGAAAAAGAAAGUAAAUCUCCAAUAAUUGAAAAACAAAUAGAUUUAGAAUCAUUACCAGAACCAGAAAGUUCUGAGGGUGAACAACUUGAUAAUUUAGUUGAAAUUGCGGAAAGUAGUUUAGAUGUGAUAGAAAAACUUUCUGAAGCAGCAGAAAUACAUUCUAAUAAGAGUGCUAGCUUAUCAGAAAAUAAUAAACAAGAAGAUAUUGAAAGAAAUCUUUCACGAGAAAAUGAAUCUUCGAAUAAUUGUCAAUUUACGCAGGAACAAAAUACAGCUACAACAAAUGCUAUUGAUAUUAUUGCUAAAGCACAAUUUGAAGUAUUAAGAGAUCCCGAAUAUGAAGAUAUCUCUGAGGAAAGUCUUGAAGUAUCGGAAAUUCUUGAUAAAACAGAAAGUCAAAAAACACAAAGUUUACAAAAGGGAACGACGAUAUCAGAAAAUUAUCAAGCAGUGCACAAUACUGAAGUAUUAAGGAUACUAGAUGAAAUUACUCAAAAAUCAUUGCCAGAAUUGAUAAAAACUUUACAAGAAGAUAAAAAAGAAGUGCAACCAGUUGAAACAACGUCUACUAAAGAAGUGACUGAUCCAUCUUUAAUAGAUAAUGAAAAUCAAAUAAUACAAAUAGAACAAUCAACUGAUCCAAAUAUUGAGAUUAUGAAAGAUACAGUAUCAGAUAAUUCCAAAUUGACUGAAAUUGAAACUGAAGAAGUUUCUAAUAAACUGAAUGAUCUAUUAUCUCAAUCUGAAGGAAAAGACGUUAAAGUAAUAAGUGACGUAGAUCAGAGCGCGAUACAGAAACACGAAGAUGUAUCAUCUGAUUCUAGCGAGGGCGGUGAUACUCCUGUUGGUGUAUCAGAAAUAGAAAUAGAUUCACCAAGAGAUCUAAAUAACUCCAGAUUGAAUAUUGAUGCCUUGGACGAUGAUCUACUUAGUAAUACGAAUAUAGGAAAACAAGAUCAAUCAAAAACGGAUUUUCACGCAACACCUAUUGUUACUACAUCGGAAAAAGACAUAGAAGCAAUGAUCGAUAAAAUAAAAGCUUCAUUGAAACAACCAGGCUUAGAAGUUGCUGACUUGGAGGCUAAGCUACUUCGUAUACAACAACUUCAAAUUGAAUUAGAGAUCAAAAAAUUGGAAGCUGAAGAGGUAUAUUAUGUUAGAGAAAUACCGAAUAAACCUCCACCACCAUAUACACCUCCAGGAGAUAAUCGAAUUUCCAUUGCUAUUGCUUCACCUUCUCCGCCUCCUGCAGUAAUUCCUUCGAAUAUCGAAGAGUUAACAGCUUUCACGGAAAAGGCUACAGCUUUAAUAUACAAAGCUAAACAAUCCGGACAAGAUAUUAUGACUUUAGAAGCUCCUCCGGAAAUUUACGAAUUAACAAAAGAAAGUAACGAGAUCGCGAAAAAAGAUCGAAAGAUCUACAAUACAUUCCUUUUCGAUUUGUGUAAGGAAACUAUUUCGGAAGUUUAUCAAGCGGAAUAUGAGAAACCUGGUCCAAGUUGGAUGAAGCCGAAUGUAAAAACAAAGCCAGCUAUGAAAAUUCCAAAGACAGUAGAAGAGCUUCAUGAAUAUGUUAGUAAGGAAGUAGCGACAUUGUUUGGAUUCAAAACUAAAUUACAAAGGGAGAAUAUGGUAAUGCGUUGGAGUAGAAAACGUAGGGAUAGAGUCGACGAAUUAUUAGCGAGAGAGGCCCAAGCUGAAGAAGAUGAAUGGACUAAGUUUCAUCAUGAUGAGUUGGCAGUGAAAAAUGGACUCACAGUAGCCAUAUUAGAAACUUUGAUUAUGGAGACUACGAGUGUGGUUAAAGUGGCACAUGCAAAAAAAAGGAAGGUGAUGAUAUAGCUAUUAUAGUUCUAGUUAAUCAGAUAAUCAGUUGAACUCGUUAAAAAAAAAAAAGAAAUGCAAACAUACACCAUAUAUGUUCUUAUGCAGUUUAUUUUUUCUGUAAUAUUACGUUGUGUUAAAUAUUUAGCAUUGGUUAUCACUUGAUCGUUCAUGAUUAGGAGAUUUCUUUUGUUAAUUAGUGACUUCACAUAAUGCACAGGCUGGUUCCUAUUUAUUUGUAGACAGUUUAACUUUUUUUUCUUUUUUUUUUUUUUUUAGAGAAGGGCACAUACAAAUAAAUAACACAAUCUAUAGAGUGAGACUGAAAUGAUGCGUGCGUGUGAAGAAUGCUAACGUAGGCAGAAAAAAAAGGUUAAGAAAGGUGCUCAGAAGUCUCUUGAUAAUCAAAUGCCCUAGGUUUAUUUGAAUUUAUUUUUUAUCCUUAGAGUAAUCAAUAAGAGAUAUCAUGUAAAGGUAUUAUUCUAUAAUCAAUGCAUAGAUUGCAGUCCGUUGUUGUGUAGAUUGGUAUAUCGUAGUAUAUUUUGAUUUUCGUCAUUGUUUUCGUUUAAAUAAUAAUAGUUAUUAACUUUGUAAUACAAGGUAGAAUAUUAUGUACGACUGAAUUUUGACAAAAAAAAAAAUGUCAAACGUUGUAAAUAAUUCAUAUCUCGAUGAAAAAACAAUGUAGUUUUCCUUAGACGAGGUAGAAUAUAUUAUUUGAGUUUUCUCUUUGCUUAUCUUCGGAAGAAAGAGUUACUCAGGUCUUAUAUGAUGGGUUUCUUAUGAUAUAGAUAUUAUUAUUUAAUUUUAAAUAUUUAUGCGUAUUUCAAAUUAUUAAGGACAUGGGCUGCUCGUUAGACGUAGCAUCGAUUAUUAUACAAUAGAAGCUUUUAACUGGACACAAACAUAGAGCAAAUAUUUAUACGAUGUUCCAUGUUAAGCUUCUAAUUAAUGGAACUAACAAAAUUCAAAUUAAAAGACUGAUAUUUUGGGGCCAGUUUAUCAAAAUUUGUGAAUUUGCAAAAUUUAUAUGUAGACGAUGAAGAAAGUACGUUAAAUAUUGAGUACUAUAAUUGGUGCUUUAAAAGUUUUCCGUGUUAAAUGUUGACAACGAUAAGUAGCCUUUCGAAUAAUCCCUAUAACUUAGGCCCCUUUCCAAGAUAUAAAAGAAAAUGAAAGUAAGAAGGAUAGAAAACGACAUAAAUGUUACAUUUGUUUUUACCGAUCACUAACUUGCUAAUUGUUAUUUUAUCUGUAAAUUGUAUAUUCUUUAAGUAUAUCUAUAUAUUUGUAUGUUGAAUCGUGUUGACGCAAAUACGAUGACUUAAUUUUUACGUUUGUGGUUGUGAUUUAAACUUAAAAGUAGAGUGCAGUGUGUGAAAAACAUUUAUUAAGCAUUCAAAAGUUUUACAUGAGAUUAAUUUUUUUUUUUAUUAUUUUACAAUUUUUAUAUUAUUUGUAUUUUAUGAAUAAGACGAAAGAGAGGAAAUGUUUUGUUAAACGUUCAAACUUUAAAUUAAGUUUUUUUUUUAUCAAUAUUUAGAUAUUAAAGUUCUUGUUUUUUUUUUUAUUUGUUUUUAAGAAUGUGUUUAUUUUUCUUUUUUUUUUUUAGUUUCUUUUCAAUAUCUAUAUGUUGUUACAACCGGAUUCUUCGUUCAUUAACGAGUAUCACUGUGAAUUUAAUUAUGUAUGUAGUUGUUACGAUUAGAAGUUGUUCACGUACGUAGAGUUGGAUAUGUACUUAACCAAUCCAUAAUAUAUUUUAUAAUAAAUUUUGUCCAAAUAAUUUGCGUAAAGUAUUGCGUGUUAAUUAAUAUUUCUUCAACCUGUAAGGAAGAA